AUGCGCAUCACUCGUCCUCGAUUGCGCGUCUCACAGACCCAGUCUGCCUUUGCAGAGGGCAAUGCACGAUGGACCAAUUUGGAUUUAGAUCCGGUACCUUUACUGGGGCGAAAAUGGGGCGUGAUGAGUUUGAUAGCAUACUGGAUCUCGGACGCCUUCAAUGCGGCAACGUGGCAGUUUGCCAGCAGUAUUAUUGCCGUGGGCAUGACCUAUCGAGAGGCCCUGGCGAUCGUCGCCAUCUCCUUCUUCAUUAUCUCAUUCGUGAUCGCCGGCAACGGAGCCGUGGGUGCCAUUUAUCACGUCCCUUUUCCCGUCAUUGCUCGAGCCAGCUGGGGGUUCUGGGGCUCAUAUAUCGCGAUCGUCUCCCGGUUGAUUCUCGCCGUGUUUUGGUUUGCCAUUCAAAAUGUCAACGGAGGGAAUUCGGUGCGAGUGAUGAUCGGGGCCAUUUGGCCCAGUUAUUUGGAUGUGGAAAAUACCAUCCCUGCAUCGCAGGGGAUCACGACCACGGGAAUGGUGGCCUUUUUGAUCUUUUGGAUCAUUCAGUUCCCCUUUCUGUGCAUGCAUCCCAAUAAGCUGCGGUGGCUGUUCACCGUCAAGUCCGUCUUGGUUCCGAUGGCCUGGGUUGGGAUCCUGAUCUGGGCCUUUACAGUUGAGAAAGGUGGUGGUGCGAUCUUUGCCCAGCAGAAAGCGACGGUCUCGGGGUCCAAAUAUAGCUGGCUGUUUCUGGCGAAUAUGACCUCGGUUUUGGGAAACUAUGCCACUCUCAGUGUCAACCAGUCUGAUUUCUCACGCUAUUCUCGCAUCAAUCCUCGAUGGCAGCUGCUGUAUAUCCCGAUGCUCCCCAUCAUCUUCACCUUCAUCUCAUUCAUUGGCAUUGCCGCUUCCUCGGCCGGUCAAGCUCACUAUCAUUUAGCCACCAUCCCGUGGGAUCCCAAUGAGUUGAUCAGCCACUGGCCCAAUCGCGCGGCGCGUUUCUUCGGUGCGGCAUCUUUCGCUAUUGCCUCGCUCGGGGUCAAUAUCUCGGCCAACUCGCUCUCUGCGGCAAACGACUUUACCGCUUUGGCUCCUCAAGUGCUGAACAUCCGUCGAGGCCAAAUUCUCUGUGCUCUACUCUCCUGGGCGUUGGUCCCUUGGAAGAUCCUCGAAUCGGCCGGGAACUUUCUAAGCUUCAUGAGUGCGUACGCCAUCUUCCUCGGACCUAUUGGCGCCAUCAUGCUCUUCGAUUUCUGGGUCAUCAAUCGGGGUCGGUAUGAUUGUCUCGCCCUGUAUCAACCUUCGAAUCCGAUCUAUCGAUAUGCAGGCACAUUGCCUAUCUUGAAGACCCCCGUCUGGGGACUGAACUGGCGUGCACUGGUAUCCUUUAUCGUUGGAGUAGUCCCGAGUCUUCCGGGCCUGAUCAACGGAGUCAAUGCGAAGAUUGACGUGGGCGUCGGGGUUCAUCCUUAUCAAUUCGGUUGGUUGUUGGGUUUUGUUGCCACUGCAGUGGUCUACCUCGCUUUAUCCUGGCUGUUUCCGGCUCGGGAGACUCAAGUUCCUCGCGCAGUGCUUCCGGAUGAGGUCUACGAUGAACGAGGCAUCGUGGUCGAAGGGGUUGAGACUGAGAGUUCGGAACAAAUGUCGGCAACGUCUCGCGGCGAGAAGGUGCCAUGCGGGUCGGAAAAGGUAGUUUAA